AUGUCAGAAGCCGUAUUGGUGCCCCCGGCGCUUUCGACACAUCAAGAAGAAGAAGAAUUUACUUACCAACGUGUAGAGGCAUCUCUAUAUAAUAGAAGUUCGUACCUUGGCCCUACGGAUAAUGCAACGGACAACGAAAUAAAGGCAAAGUUAAGCUCAUACUAUGCGGUGCCCGAAUUGAUAGAGUUUUUUAAACUGCAUCCUGAGUACAAGAAGAUUACACUACAAUUCCCUGACCAUUUAGUGUUAGAUUCGAGCAUUAUCGCCCAACUUCUGCAAGAUGCUUUAGUAGAUAAGGAAUGCUUGACUACGACUGACGGUUCGGAUAAAUCUACUGAAAAUAGUUCUUGCCAGUGUAAAGUAGCGACGCAAUGCGAAAAGGGCAGCACAGGAAAGCAUUCCAGACAAAUUUGGGUGUUGGCUGAUACUUCGUACAGUUUAUGUUGUGUGGACGAAGUUGCAGCUGAGCAUGUCGGAGCAGAUAUAGUGGUCCACUUUGGCGAUGCAUGUCUAAACGCUGUGCAAAAGCUUCCGGUAGUCUACUCUUUUGGCAUACCCUAUGCAAACUUAUCUGCUAUUGUAGAACAGUUUAGGCUAACCUAUCCAGAAAAAGACUCUGCCGUAUGUUUAAUGGCAGAUACACCCUAUUCAUACCACUUAAGGUCAUUGUUUGAGCAGCUCAAAAGUAAAGGGUAUGUUAACCUUCUAUACUCGGAUAUUGAUGAAUCUGCAAUCUAUGAGGCAGCUACUGUGGUUGGCCAUGAAGUUAACACUUCUGGCGUAAAAAAUAUUGCUUCAUGGGCAAACAGAAGCAUUUACGCAGAUGAAUCAGCUGAAAUUGAAUCAACUGGUGAUGAACUAGCAGCUGAUUAUGACCUUUUCCAUAUUACAGUUCCUCAGGACCCACGUUGGCUGUUCCUCACUACGAAGUUCAAAUCGGUGACCGUUUACGAUCCAAGUAAUAACAGCAUCAUAGAAGGACAGGUCCCGUCAUUAAUGCGGCGUUACCGUUACAUGCAUGUUGCUAGGACUGCAACCACCAUCGGCAUCCUAAUUAACACUCUGUCGCUGAGAAACACAACGAAACUGAUGGAUACACUGGUGAAAUUAAUAAAGGACAAUGGGAAAAAGCACUAUAUGUUCGUUGUCGGGAAACCUAAUGUUGCCAAGCUUGCAAAUUUUGAGACAAUCGACGUUUGGUGCAUUCUAGGUUGCAGCCAGAGCGGCAUAAUCCUAGAUCAAAACAACGAAUACUAUAAGCCCAUCAUAACGCCAUAUGAACUCACACUCGCUCUGUCACCAGAGCUAUCUUGGAGUAAUAACUGGGUUGCUGAUUUUGAGAACGUUAUUAAGAAUAUACAGGCAGCCGAGCAAGACUCACCUGUUCAAGAGACUAGUUCUCAGUCUGAUCUUCAAGAUGAAAGUGAUGCCCCAGAAUUUGACGUAGUUACAGGAAAUCUCGUCAGCAAUUCCAGACCACUGAGAAAUAUCCACCACCUUGGUCUAGAAGCCCCAUUGCCAGCCGUGAAGGGCAGCGACUCAUCUGAAUUGGUAAAGAAGUUUUCUGGUUCAUUGGCUAUAAAAAAUACUAUAUCUACCUCAGCGGCACAACUACAGUCACGUACUUGGUCAGGAUUAGGAAGUGAUUACCAAGAUGACAACUAUGAUCAGAGUGGCGCUAGUUUAGAGGAAGGAAUUGCCGGUGUUGCUAGAGGUUAUUAUCACGAAAAGCCUAAAGAGUGA